CUGAAAGUCAUGCCUGGCAGAGAACACACACUGCAUGCAUACGCAAUGCGUGUGUUGUUUUAGUGUAAGAGACGUGAGGACUUAGAAAACAAACAAAAAAAAAAAUACCUUAAGAUAUCAUGAAUAUGUUCUGCAGGUUGGAGAUACUCUUUAUUAGCGUAUGGAUACAGGUUGUCUUUGUUCCUGGGAUACACUGCAAUCACCUGUCAAAUGAAGAUGUUUUGAUCUUAAAGGAUGAACCGAAUCCCAAGUGUUUCUCCCGCACAGAAAAAGAUUUCACUUGCUUCUUUGAGACGUCAGACAAUGGAACAUAUGAUUUGUCCUAUACAGUAGACCAAAUGUUCACAAAUAUAAGCUGUAACACAUCUGUCCGGGCCAUGGAAGAGGGAACCUUCCUCCACAUCUGCUACUUCCCUCCUCCUCAUGUGUGGAUGUUUGUGAGUACAAUUGUUAAGGUGGUGGAACGUUCCAACAACAGCAACUUCUUUGAGCGGACGUUCUGUGUGGAAGACAGCGUUCUUCUGGAUCCCCCCUUCAAUGUGUCUUUACAACUGGGUGACCAAAUUGGACAGCUGAAGGUUUCCUGGCAGGCAAAGCCCACAACGUUCAAUGAAGACAUAAUGCACAAGAUUCGAUUCUCCUCCAGGGGUCUUGGAGAGAGGAUAAAAGAGGCAAAUAACCCAGAGGAUAGUAUCCUGGACUCUCUGACGCCAGGCGAGGAGGUUGAGGUCCAGGUCGCUGUCAGAAAAGCUUCAGGAGAAGGACACUGGAGCAGCUGGUCGCGCCCUGUACGAGCUGUGGUUCCCCAAAGUGCCGAAGAUAUAUCCCUGACAUGCUUCACCUCUGACCUGUAUAUUUUCACCUGCCACUGGAACGGGAGCAGAUAUGGUCUUGAUGAUGAGUACAAACUUUUCCACAGGAUGAGUCGAAGUGACUCUCCGGGCUGGACCGAGUGGACCGAGUGUGUGGCUGGUGAGAACUCUUCUGACCUGUGUCAUUUCGUUGGAGAGCCGUCCAGAAGAGUCACGGUCAUGCUCUGCAGCAGUCCGAUUCUAGCCAAAAGAAGCUUCAUUACGAAGGAGUUCACGUUCAACGACUCCAUCAAGACGCACCCUCCAGGUCAUCUGAAAGGAGUGCUGAGAGACCAAAAGUUGUAUUUGACAUGGGACGCUCCCCUCCCAUCUCUGUCGGCUCACAUGCACUACGAAGUUGACUAUCAGAUCAGCGGAGGUGACCGGUGGAUGAUGAUGAAGAGCUCCGAGACUGAAGCAAGUAUAGAGAUUCAGACAGACGGCCAGUACAGCGUUAAGGUCCGAGCUAAACCCAGUGGGGUCAAAUACUCUGGCAGCUGGAGUGACUGGUCCGAUGUGCUCACUGGUCACAACCUCGGCAAGUUGCUCAUGUGGCGCAUCCUCGUCUGCAUUUUGAUCCUCAUUUUGAUAACGGCCAUCGCCCUCAUCUCGUUGUUCUACAAGCACCACAGGAUGCUCAAGCAGUAUUUUUGGCCGCCAGUGCCCGACCUUGGCAAAGUCCUACAAGGCUUUCUGAUGGACAUCAACGAGCAGAAAUGGGAGCCAGUCAUAGCAAAGCCUUGCACGGAAGAAACCACGUCAUCCGUGGUGGAGAUAAUGUCUGAAGCGGAUGUUUCAGGAUUGGAGAAGAUAGACGAAUUCGCUGAGUUCCUGUCACCAGAGGGAAGCCUCUCCAGCGAAGAGCAGGUAGACGGGAGCCCGGGGGUUGACGUCUUUCCGGACUACGUGACCCUGAAAGACACCUUGAAUCUUUGCCCAGAAUGGAACAACUAUGUGUAUGCGCGGGUAGGAGAAAAGGUAGACACAGGGGUAAAAGACGUGAUCCUCCAAACAUGUCCCUGUCCCCACACUGAUGGUCCAGUCUGUGGGCCGGACUGCUCAGACACUGACUUUCUUAACCAUUCCUACUUGCCUUUGGCUGAACUUGCAGACAAACUCAACUGCGAUGUCACUGCCACGCAGGGUCCAGGAAACCUCUAUACCAACUUCCCCUACACAUAAAUGUACAGCGGAACAAGAGCACGCUGUUUCUAGUGAGGUUUGUCAUUGAGUCAGCGUUUUGUGUCGAAGAAAAGCUCUCUCGCGCUAGCACAAGGAGUUCACGAUAGCGCUGUCCUUGCGGCUUAUUAGUGCUCAAGUUCUAUGUUAGGGCAGAUGUGUACGAAACCCAGUCAUGUUUAGAGAAGCUUGAAGAGGGUGGAGUUCCGGCCUUUUUUAGUGAUGACGAGCAGUUGUUCUUUUUGACAUGGGAGUCGCUGGGACAUUUCCAAACGGGUCAUGCAUUUACACCACAGGCCAAAUGUUGGGAAGCAACUUCACGUUUUUGUACACGAUGACUUUCUUAAAAACCAGCAUGAGUUGUAUGUAUUUUGGGAUGCACACUCACUUGCCACUUUAUUAGGUACACCUGUUCAAUUGCUUGUUAACACAAAUAGCUAUUAGCCAAUGCAUUUAGGCGUAUCAGAAAGGGGAAGAAAGGGGAUUUAAGUGACUUUGAACUUGAAAUGGUCAGAAUUUGGCGUAAACAACAUGAAAGCAUGGAUCCAUCCUGCCUUGUAUCAACGGUUCAGGCUGGUGGUGGUGUAAUGGUG